GUUGUCACCGCCUUUUCCUCCCUUCCUCCGGUUCCCUUUCGCUUCCGGGGUUGCUCUGCGUCCUCUGGUUCCGUAACAACAUCCCGUUGGCUUCCCACGGGCGGCGGGACCGGUGCAGCCGCCGCCUCCCAGGAGCGCCCGCUCGCCCGGGCCUGCGCCCUCCCGGCCCAGGCCGCCAUGGCCACCAACCCGCAGCCGCAGCCGCCGCCUCCCGCGCCGCCGCCGCCCCCGCCGCAGCCGCAGCCGCCGCCGCCGCCGCCGGGCCCCGGGGCCGGCCCGGGCGCGGGUGGGGCUGGCGGCACGGGGGCGGGCGCCGGGGAUCCGCAGCUCGUGGCCAUGAUCGUGAACCACCUCAAGAGCCAGGGGCUCUUCGAUCAGUUCCGCAGGGACUGCCUGGCCGACGUGGACACCAAGCCUGCCUAUCAGAAUCUGAGACAACGUGUUGACAACUUUGUUGCAAACCACUUAGCAACUCAUACAUGGAGUCCCCACCUUAAUAAGAACCAGCUAAGAAACAAUAUUCGACAACAAGUCCUCAAAUCAGGAAUGUUGGAGUCCGGUAUCGACCGAAUUAUUUCUCAGGUUGUGGAUCCCAAGAUCAACCACACAUUCAGGCCUCAGGUGGAGAAGGCUGUGCAUGAGUUUUUGGCCACCCUAAAUCACAGAGAGGAAGCAAGUGGCAGCAUGGCUCCCGAUGAUGAGAAGCCAGACCCUUCUGCCGUUACACCAGGUGUUCCUGCUCCUGGACCCAGUGCUAAUGUAGCUAAUGAUGCCAUGUCAAUCUUGGAAACCAUAACUUCUCUUAACCAAGAAGCUAGUGCUGCCAGGGCUUCAACAGAAACAUCAAAUACCAAGACCAGUGAGAGAGUGUCCAAAAAACUCCCAUCUCAGCCAAGUGCUGACACUAGUACUGAGAAGGAGAGAGCUUCAGAGGACACAGCUGACAGAGAGAAGUCUCUGCCUGACUCUAUAGGGGAAGAACAGGAAACAGCACCUAAGUCUGAAGAACUUAGUGAUCUUCCUUGUCAGGUUGAAGAAAUUAAAAAUCACAUGAAAGAGAGUAAUAAUAGUUCAGUUCUGCUAAAUAAAGAUAUUCAACAGGAAAGCAAUGACCAGAAAAAUAAACCAAUCGACAAAGGUGAAAAGAAGCCAGACAGCAAUGAUAAAGGAGAAAGAAAGAAAGAGAAGAAGGAAAAGACUGAAAAAAAAUUGGAUCACUCAAAAAGAACUGAAGAUACACAGAAAGUAAAAGAUGAAAAACCAGCGAAGGAAAAAGAAGUAGAGUGUUCAAAACUUCCUUCAGAAAAGAACAGUAAUAAAACUAAAACCAUCGAAGGGACAAAAGAAGAUUGCUCACUCAUAGAUUCUGAUGUGGAUGGACUUACAGACAUCACAGUGAGCUCUGUCCAUACCAGUGACCUUUCAUCUUUUGAAGAAGACACUGAGGAGGAAGUUGUCGUGUCUGAUAGCAUGGAAGAAGGAGAGAUUGCAUCAGAUGAUGAAGAGAAGAACAAGCAGAGCAAAACAAAAACUCAAACUAGUGAUCCCAGUGAAGGAAAAGCAAAAAGUGUACGGCAUGCUUAUGUUCACAAGCCGUACCUUUACUCGAAGUAUUAUAGUGAUUCCGAUGAUGAGCUUACUGUAGAACAACGGCGACAGUCGAUUGCUAAAGAAAAAGAAGAGAGGCUUUUAAGAAGGCAAAUUAAUAGAGAGAAACUUGAAGAAAAAAGAAAACAGAAAGCAGAAAAGACCAAGUCUUCAAAAGCUAAGAGUCAAGGCAAAAAUAGUGUGGACUUAGAAGACUCAUCAACAAAGAGUCUGGAACCUAAAGCCCCCAGAAUUAAAGAAGUCCUUAAAGAGCGGAAAGUUUUAGAGAAAAAAGUAGCCUUAAGCAAAAAAAGAAAAAAAGACUCAAGGAAUGCUGAAGAUAAUUCUAAAAGGAAACAAUCUGAAGAAGAUUCCAAAGAAACCCCCAAAACAAGUGAGCAUUGUGAAAAGGAAAAACUGUCUUCUUCAAAGGAUUCAAAGCAUGUUCAUGCAAAAAGUGAAUCCAGUAAACCCACCCGAAGACUUUCAGAAUCUUUGCAUUCAGCUGAUGAGAACAAAAAUGAAUCCAAAAUAGAAAGAGAACAUAAAAGACGGACAUCUACCCCUGUUGUGGUGGAAGGGGCACAGGAAGAGACUGACACAAGAGAUGGAAAAAAACAAGUGGAACGCUCAGAAAUUGGCACAGAAGAACCCCAGAAACAGAAAAGCACACUCAAAAAUGAAAAGCAUCUAAAGAAAGAUGAUCCUGAAACAGCACAUGUAAAAAGCCUCCCUAAGAAAGAGGGGAAAUCCUCCAAAGAGAAGCCUGAAAAAGAGAAAACUCCAUCAGAAGACAAAUUGUCUGUGAAACAUAAAUAUAAAGGUGAUGGUAUGCAUAAGACAGGUGAUGAGACUGAGCUCCACUCUUCUGAGAAAGGGUUAAAAGUAGAUGAAAAUAUUCAGAAGCAAAGUCAACAAACAAAACUUUCUUCAGAUGAUAAAGCUGAACGAAAGAGUAAACACAGGAAUGAAAGGAAAUUAUCAAUUUUAGGCAAAGAUGGAAAGCCAGUUUCGGAAUACAUUAUAAAAACAGAUGAGAAUGUUCGUAAAGAAAACAACAAAAAAGAGAGACACACAUCAGCCGAAAAAUCUAAGGCAGAGCACAAAUCAAGAAGAUCAAGUGAUUCUAAAGUUCAGAAAGGUUCUCUGAGUUCCAAGCAACAUGGAAUCACAUUACAGAGAAGAAGUGAAAAUUAUUCAGAGGACAAAUGUGAUAUGGACUCAGCUAGUUUAGAUAUUAGUUCAAAACCAGAAGAUGUUGUUCACAAGGAGAAGCGAAGAACAAAGAGCUUAUUAGAUGAGAAACUUGGAUUGAAGUCUAAAUCAAAAGGCCAAGGCAAACAGUUAAAAGUAGUCGAAACAGAAUUACAAGAAAGUGUCCCAAAACUGGUGACCACUGCAAAACCAGAUAAGGAGAAGAACACAGAAGAAAGUGACCCCGAUAGACAACGAAAGCCUAAAGUUGAGGACAAGCCUCCAGAGGAAACUGGUGUUGAGCCUGUGUUAGAGAGCGCAGCGCCUCCGGCACAUGGUACGCAGAGGGAGUCUGGUCACAGGGCCAAGGCAGCUCUAGCAAAGGAGAGAUACAAGGGCGACAAAGACUCAGCCGCCUUCAGGCUUGAGAGGAAGUUGCCAGAGGGACACAGAAGCAGGAGCUUGAAGCACAGCAGCAAGGAAGCAAAAAAGAAGGAAGAAAAUAAACCAGAUGACAAGGAUGGUAAAGAAGUUGACAGUAAUCAUGAAAAGGCCAGAGGGAAUAGCUCAAUCCUGGAAAAGAAACUAAGCAGAAGGUUGUGUGAAAAUCGAAGAGGAAGCUUAUCUCAAGAAAUGACCAAAGGAGAAGAAAAAUUAGUAGCAAACGCUCUGGGCACUCCCAGUACUUCUUCCUUUCAGAGACCCAAAAAAAGUUGCGAUACCACACUGAUGCCUGAACAAGAGCCGAUGGAAACUGAUUAUGAGCCAGCCAUUGAAAAAGCAUUUGAGGUAUCUAAAACCCAAGACAGCAGCAAUGAUAGUUCUCAGGAAGACGUAGACACUGAAAAUGUUAUGAAACAAAAAGCUACUGCCAUGGUUCUCAAGGAAGAAUUAAGAACUUCCACAGUAGAUUCAAAAACAGCAGCUCCAGCCUGGAAAUCUGGACGUGGCACAGGAGCUGUUAGUACUUCUGAAAAGCAUGCUGACCAUAAAAGCACCCUGACCAAGAAGCCGCACAUCCCAAAUGCUGUGUCCAGACUGAAUCCGGGGGAAAAAGAGCCCACUCAACCAGAAACUCAUGGAAUGAAUGUAGACUGUGAAACCAGUCACCAACUGUUACAUCAUGCCCCAUCAGAAAAUGGUAGGGCACAAAAGAAUUUGAAAAACACGGCCAGACCCACUGAAGAACACGUUGCUCGAGGAGACAGUGCUCUUGUACAUUCCCCAGAUUUAGGUCUCUCACCAUCCUUAAGCUCAGUGACUGUUGUGCCUCAGAAACGAUCUCCUGAUUCAGAUGUAAUUCCCGUAGUUGACAGAAGAACUGAGCUAGAAGGUGGCGCAGCCAGCACCUCACUUGUGGACCGCCCUGAUAUCCCUAAGCAAAGUCUGAUUGUUACCACAGAGUCAGAAGUCCCUGGAACAAGCCAAGAAGGCGGGGCAGUUUCCACAGUAGAUACACCAGCAAAAGCAGGCAUAGAGAGCAAAAGACACAUUCCAAAAAGUUACCAGGUCCCUGUACUGCACAAACAAGAAAAAGUAAACAUGCCUCUUAGUAGCACGUUAACAGAUGUGGUGAUAGAAAAUGAGAAUGUCAACAAAGACGGGGGAUUUGUGGACAUGUCCAGGAAAGAAAGUGACUUAAGUACGGGGCCCAGUUCAAAGCAGACAAUUCAAGCUGCUGUAGAAAAUGGUGAGAAGGAUGACAGUGCUGUUGAUCAUAGAGGCAUGAGUAUGGAAAAAGAUGCUAAAGCUGUUGAACUUAAGCAUAGGAGAGGCCUGGAAAGAACAUCAGUGGAUGUUGAAAGAAGGAAUGAAAACAGUGAGGUAGACACCAGUGCUGGAAGUAAUGCAUCCUCUGCUUUACGCCAUAGAAAUAGAAAAACUGAGAAUGAGAAUGUGGCGACUGGGUCUGAUUCUGCAGAAAAGGCUUCCAUUGCUACCAGCACUGAAGGGAAAGACAAAGGCAUUUCCUUGAACCCAGUGAAAGCACGGCAUGCCACGACCACGUCUUCAGGAACAGCAGACAGUGAAGCUGCCAUGCCUUACGUGAGCACCGAGGCCGAUGAAGGCUUCCUGACAGGCGUCUGUUCUCCCCACAAUCCUCUUCAUGCUGGGGCGGCAACCAGGGACUGCACCGUGUUUGCUGCAGCUGAAGAAGGUGGAGGCAUCGUCACAGAAGGAUUUGCCGAAAGCGAAACUCUUCUUACGAGCACCAAAGAAGGAGAAAGUGGGGAGUGCACGAUGGCUGAACCUGGAGAAAGGGCAGCAGACCCUGUGACUGCUCACACAGUUGCAGUUGAAGACAAUGUCAGUAGUGUUGUAACAGAAGAGAAAGACGAUGCUGUAACCAGUGCAGGCUCCGAAGGAAAAUGUGAUGAUUCCUCGAGUAGAGACUCAGAAGUAGUCGAAGGAACUGUUACUUUUAUUAGUGAAGUUGAAAGUGAUGGAGCAGUAACCAGUGCUGGGACAGAAAUAAGAGAGGGGUCCUUAAGCAGUGAAGAUGUAGAUGGGUUCCAGAGAAAUAUGACGACAGUGGGCCCCAAGAAAGAAACUGAGGGGACAGUGACCUGCACUGGAACAGAAAGAAGUGGCAGCUCUGUCGUGUGCUCAGUGACUGGUGCAGGGCCGCAGGAGGAGCACCUGGUCACGGGUGCAGCGGUGGUCCUGGUAGGUGAUGACACGCCCCCGGGAACGAGCACCACCCAGGAAGGGGAUGGUUCUGUGAACGAUGGCACAGAGGGUGAGAGUGCGGUCACCAGCACAGGGAUAACAGAAGAAGACGGAGAGGAGCUGGCAGGUUGCACCGGCUUGGAAGAGAGCAUCGAAGACUUUGCUCCAAGUUCUGAAUCUGAAGAAAAUGGGGAGAGUGCCAUGGACAGCACUAUAGCCAAAGACGUCACUAAGGUGCCCUUAGUUGCUGCUGGUCCAUGUGAUGACGAAGGCAUUGUAACCAGCACCGGCGCAAAGGAGGAAGAUGAGGAAGGUGAGGGCGUGGUGACGAGUACUGGGAGAGGGAAUGAAGUCGGGCAUAUUUCCACUUGCACAGGGACAGAAGAAGACACUGAGGGGGUGUCCGUCUGUGAAAGUGCAGAAGGGGACAGUCCGACUGGUACGGCAGCAGGGCACGUGGAAGCUGAGGCUGGAGCCGCCAUCACCAAUGCAAAUGAGAGCAACAUUGACAGCAGGAGUGGCGCGGAGGAGGAAAUGAAAGACACAGAGAUCUGCUCCAGUGCGAAAGGGAUUGUGGAAAGCAGCGUGACCAGUGCGGUUUCCGGGAAGGGUGAAGGGGCAUCAGUUCCUGCAGGCUGCGAGGGCCCCAUGACCAGUGCAGCCUCAGGACCAAGUGACAGUCAGCUCACUAGAGAAGAAAAAGUGGAAGAUCUGACUAUUUCCACUGGGCUGGUGGGGGACAGUUACGAGGUACUUGUGUCCGGCGCAGUCCCAGAAUAUGCAGUUCAUCACAUGUCGCCAAGUGAAAAAGAAGAUGAAGGCAUUAUCACCUCUGUGGAAAAUGAAGAAUGUGAUGGUCUCAUGGCCACGACAGCCAGUGACAAUAUCACCAAUCAGACUUGUUUAGCUGGGGUUAAAAGUCAAGGCAAAGGCUUGGUGAUCUCCACCAGUACAACAAAUGACUACACCACUCAACUAAGCAUGAUUGUAGAUGUGGAAGGAGGUCGUUCAGGUGCUCUGAGAACUGAAGAGAAUGUGGAAGGCACCAGGGUAAACACGGGAGAGUUCGAGGCCCCUACGCCCAGUGCAGUGUCGGGGGAUGAGGGCCAACUCACUGCCACGAGGAAUGAGGAGAAAGAUGAGUGUGCCAUGAUUUCCACAAGCCUAGGGGAAGAGUUCGAAGUGCCUAUUUCCAGUGCAACCACCACCAAAUGUGCAGAAGGUCAGCAGCCAGGAGCAGCAGUUGAAGAAAGAGCUAAAGGUCCGAUCGUGGUAACGGAUGACUUCGAGGUGCCAAUGCCCAGCGCACGCACAGAACUUGAAAGUCCUCUGGCCUCGACCAGCAAGGAGGACAAAGAUGAAUGUGCUCUCAUUUCCACCAGCAUAGCGGAAGAAUGUGAAGCCUCUGUUUCUGGUGUGGUUAUGGAAGGUGAAAACGAGAGGCCUGUUACGGUCAUGGAAGAAAAGGACGGGAGCGCGAUCAUCUCCACAAGCUCAGUGGAAGACUGUGAGGGCCCCGUGUCCAGUGCCGUCCCUCGGGAAGCAGUCCACCCCUCAGUCACGCCGGCGGAAGAGGUAAGUGACACCACCGUGAUGUCCACCAGCACCUCAGAAGGACGUGAAGCCGUCAUGAUGGGUGCUGCCCCACAGGACAACAGUCAGCCCACUGUUGCAAGAAUGGAGGACUUGAGUGACGCUGCCAUCAUCUCCACCAGCACGGCCGAGUGUGGGCUGGCUGUCACCAGCCUAGACAGGCAUGAAGAGAAUCAGCUGACUGCCAGCAACUCAGGAGGAAACAAUGACCUGUCAGCCACAAAGGUGAGCAAGCGUAAGGUGAGCAAGCGUGAGGUCCCCAUGCCCAGCCUGAUCGCCGAGAACAGCUGUCAGUGUUCUGGGCCAUUCGCCGGAGGAGAAGCAGCGGGCCCUGCGCUCUCCACAGGGGAAGGCCAGCCAGGUGCUGAGUGUGCACAGGAGAAAGAGAGGCAUGGCAAGGCCUGUCCUGGCAGAGUGCCACUGGCAGGAAGAGCUCUGUGCCCUGUAAGUGCAUCAGAGAAAAGUGUAUCCUUGAGCUCUGUUAAGAAAGAAGAUAAAAGUGAGGCAGGGACUGCAGGGGACAGUGCCGCAGCAAGUUGUUCAGCAGGGCAGGGCUUGGAAAGGAGUGCUGACUCACCUGCAGAUCUCAGAGGGCCAGGACCAGAGCAGCCAUCUGGGCAAACAGCAGAGGACUCCGUCAGUAGUCGCUGUUUAACAGCAGUAAAUACAGGUGCUGAAAAUGUUGAUGACAUGCCCCAAGUCAAAGACACUGCUGCUGCGCAGUCCUCUCUUCUCCCUGACCAGCAGGGGCCUGAGGACAGCUUGAAAACCACCACCGCCGACUGUAUUCAUGGCCAAGAAUCCAAAAUUGCUCCUUCCCAUGCAACAAUCCAUGAUGUAGCUCUGUCAGCUCUGACGUGCGAGCCCGACUUGACUAUAGAGAGUGAGCCAAGUGGCAGACAGACUGUUCAGGGGUCCAGUGAGAAACCCGAUGAUGGUAACAGCGUGCUGAAAUCACUCCAGGAGGAAGGAGACCUCAGGGGCACUGUUUCUUCUGAAGAAAAUUUACGUGCUAUAGGCAAUGAAGAGCUUCCAUCGAAUGUUUUGGGAGGAUUGGGACUGAAAGCCCACUUGAAAACUGAGACACGUGUACCAUCAGAGGAAGUUAAAAACCACGCCGCUGCAGCGCCACCAGCAGGUCCGGGUGGGAGGGAGCAGAGCGGAGGGGCUGACAUACAGAGGGCGCCUUCGCUGGUGAAUGCGUCUCUGAGUGUGGAAAAUUCAGGCUCAAGAACAAAUGAAGAAAUUCAUAGCAAAUCUAACAAAGAAGAGAUAUCCAAAGGUAGAAAAGACAACACAGAAGCCAUGAGAGAUCAUAGUGCUGAAGCAAAUCCUAAAGAGCUUGAAGAGGAAGAAAGGCAAAUGCCUCAAAGAAAAAGAAAGAAGCAUUACCCUUCUUCAGAAGAUGAGCUGGAUGAUAAUCCAGAUGUCCUAGAUUCCAAAAUAGAAACAGCGCAGAGGCAGUGUUCUGAAACAGAACCACAAGAUACAAAGGAAGAGAACUCGGGAGAUUUGGAAGAACUAUCUAAAACAAGUUCUAAGACAAACAGCGCCGCUUCAAGGGCCAUGGCGGAGAAAGACGAAUGUAACAGCAGUGAAGCUGCCGGUGGAAAGCCAGAGCAGAAUGACGACGACAGCUUGAAAUCUCAAGAGGAAGAUCAGCCGAUAAUUAUUAAAAGGAAAAGAGGGAGGCCGCGUAAACACCCCAUAGAAACAGUGUUAAAAACAAAAGAAGACUGCAAAACAGACACUGGCAUUGUCACUAUAGAACAAUCUCCACCAGGCAGCAAACUGAAAGUAAUGCAAACAGAUGAGUCCAGUAAAGAAGCAGCUACCCUCCAAGAAAGGAGUCUAAGCAAUGAUGACGGUGAGGAAAAAACAGUAGCAAGUGUGCGUCGGAGAGGAAGAAAGCCCAAGCGUUCACUCACUCUUUCAGAUGACGCUGAAUCCUCAGAGCCAGAAAGAAAACGCCAGAAAUCAGUUUCUGAAGCAGCUGAAGACAAGAAAGAGCAGGAGUCCGACGAGGAAGAGGAAGAAGAGGAAGAUGACGAGCCCUUAGGAGCCACCACGAGGUCCACCACCAGGUCAGAGGCUCAGAGAUCAAAGGCCCAGCUGUCCCCUUCCACCAAGCGCAAAAGAGAAGUCAGCCCUCCGGGGGCGCGCACGCGAGGCCAGCAGAGGCUGGAGGAGGCCCCCGGAAAGAAGGCAAAGCGGUAGCCCUGCGGCAAGAGGACGGCGUCGGGGCCGCCGGCUUUCUUUUAGCCACGGAAAGGACGUGCAUGUGCUCUCAAGGUCCUAGGUGCAAGCUUGUUCUUGUUAUGUUUUAAACAGCUUUAUAAACUAUUGUUCAUAGAAGAUAUUAUGUACAUUUAUUUCAGAUAAAGAAAAAUAAGUUUACUUUGUAUCUGAACUCAAAACAAAGUAGUUGUAUAUUUUAACAUUGAAAAUUGGGAUUUCCCGAUGUGACAUAUCGCUAAAUGCAAACCCUUCCGGCGCAUCAGACACCAGGCUGCCUACUGGGAAUCUGUGUACAGUAUAUAAACAUGUAAAAAUAGGUUGUAUUUUACUCUGUAUGAUGCUAAUCAAUGAACACUUUAUUUAUUUUACAGAGAAAACUUAUCUGUGAACUUUACUAUAUAUCUGUUUAUUUUAUUUUAUUAUUUUUUUUAAUUAAAAAAGGGGGGUUUUAAAUGCUAUACAGUCAUUAGUAGAAACGUUGUAGGCCUCACCUGCCCUGUAGCUAUCUGAGGAUGAUCUGGCAGGAAAUACGGAAUCUUCUCGCAUGCAUCCAAGUAAAGUAGUUUAGCUCAAGAAAGGGUCUCCGUUGCUUUUCUGUUCACCCCUAUGACUGUUUUUUAAGAACAUAACUUGUUUUUAGCUUAUACGUGAAUCUGUGACUUUACUACCAGCCCCACUGGCGCACGAGGUUGGGGUUCAGGUAAAGUCACGUCCUGUCACCUGCAGCAGAAAGCCCUGUCGUGUCCAUUCCUCUCUGCUGUUCUGAGGCUUCUACGCUUAUUUCCAUACUGUCUUUUUCAGUGAAGAGAAAUGCAUUGAAGUUUAGGCCACUGCUGUCUGUCGAGCUUCAGGAUUUUAUGUUAUUUUAUACACAGUUAUAGAAACUGGCUCUAUUGCCAGAUUCUUUUUUAAACAUAUUUUAACUCCCAUAUGAGCAAACUGUCCAACUUAAGUUUUUCAUAAGAUUAAACUUUUCUUAAGAUCAAAUUUGUCUCUAGCAAUAUGAUGAGUUGCCAAACAAUUGAGAUUAUUUUAAAAUGUUCAUAUUCUUGUUUUAUAAUUAAAAUGUAUUCAGUGUGAAUUUUUUUUUUGACUCUUAAUGUAAGGUGGAUAUUUCUGUCAUUUUACAUGGUUUCUUACUGAGAUUUUAUAUAUAAAUUAUAAAAUGUUUCCCAAAACUUGAGUGGUAAGAAUUUUUUUU